GCCCUUAGGUUCCCAUGCAGGAAAUAGUCCCGGUUUAAGAAUAUUGUGUAUUACUCUUUGUGUCCCUCCGCUCUGCCAUGGAGUGCCCACAUCUUACCGCCAGUGUCUGCAUCGCUCUGGACUCCGCUGCCUUUCCCAGCGGCUGCCCCUCUUCGUGGUGCUGCAGCGUGUGCCGUUCAAACAAAAGCCCGUGGGUCUGCCUGACGUGUUCCAGUGUCCACUGUGGAAGAUAUGUAAAUGGCCAUGCCAAGAAACAUUAUGAGGAUGCUCAAUCCCCACUCGCUAAUCACAAGCGACCAGAAAAGUCUGACAAGGAGAAGACUCAACACACAGUUUGUAUGGACUGCAGCAGUUACAGCACAUACUGCUACCGCUGUGAUGACUUUGUGGUGAACGAUACAAAGCUCUGUUUAGUCCAGAAAGUUCGAGAACACUUGCAGAAUUUGGAAAACUCUGCAUUUACAGCAGAUAGACAUCGUAAAAGAAAACUAUUGGAGAAUGCCUCGCAUAAUAAGAAGCUGCUUAAAGUGAAUGGAAGCACAACCGCUCUUUGUGCUACAGGUCUCAGAAAUCUGGGGAAUACCUGCUUCAUGAAUGCAAUUCUUCAAUCGCUCAGCAACAUUGAGCAGUUCUGCUGCUACUUCAAGGAACUACCAGCUGUAGAGCUUCGCAACGGAAAGACAGCAGGACGCCGAAUCUACCACACGCGUAGUCAAGGAGAAGUUAAUGUAUCGCUGGUUGAAGAGUUUAGGAAGACACUGUGUUCGUUGUGGCAAGGCAGCCAGGCGGCAUUUAGUCCGGAAUCCUUAUUCUAUGUGGUAUGGAAGAUCAUGCCGAACUUCAGGGGUUAUCAGCAGCAAGACGCCCAUGAGUUCAUGCGCUAUCUAUUGGACCAUCUCCAUCUGGAGCUACAGGGUGAAGUUGAUGGUUCUUCCCACGCUGUCAUGUCGCAAGCAGACAGCAGUCAGUCCACAAGCAGCAAAUGUUGGAUAAAUGGUGCAUCAACAGUGGUGACCUCUGUGUUUGGUGGUGUUCUACAGAAUGAAGUAAACUGUCUAAUAUGUGGCACAGAAUCCAGAAAGUUUGAUCCAUUCCUAGAUCUCUCCUUAGAUAUUCCAAGUCAAUUCCGUAACAAGCGUUGUAAGAACCAAGAAAAUGGACCAGUCUGCACACUCAAAGACUGUCUUCGCAGCUUUACAGACCUGGAAGAGCUGGACGAGACAGAGCUUUAUAUGUGCUUGAAAUGCAAAAAAAAGCAAAAAUCUACCAAGAAAUUCUGGAUCCAGAAAUUACCAAAGGUCCUUUGCUUACACUUGAAGAGGUUCCAUUGGACUGCUUAUUUAAGAAACAAAGUGGACACUUAUGUAGACUUUCCUCUGCGUGGGUUGGACAUGAAGUGCUUCUUGUUAGAGCCAGAAAACAUUGGCCCAGAAAGCUGCCUUUAUGAUCUUGCAGCUGUUGUCGUUCAUCAUGGAUCUGGUGUUGGGUCUGGACACUACACUGCUUAUGCGACACAUGAAGGACGCUGGUUUCACUUCAAUGACAGUACAGUGACUCUGACCGAAGAAGAGACCGUGGUGAAAGCAAAGGCUUAUAUUCUGUUUUACGUGGAGCGUCCAAGCCCAGUUGUCCCUGAGAAACUCUAAAUACCUCUUCUCAUUCCCACCACCUUGAUAUACCUUGCCCCAUCAGGGCUCACCGUUUCAUCCUCUGCUAAUACUUGAUAAAAACACCCCCUUGAUUUUUUUUCACUGCACUUUCAAAUCUAUUGCACACCUAGUGUGGCUGUUAGUACAGAAAUCUGUAUUGACGGAUGCUUUAGCCUUAUGGGAGCAAAGAUUCUGCAAUGGGUAGGUGUUAAAGUGCGCUGCCUGUCUGUUUCAAAAAUAAAUCAUGCAGAUUCAGAUCAAAUAA